AAAAAUGCAAAAUAAACCCCUUCGUAAUUCGUAUAUAGUGUCUCUCACUAACUUUUAGUUUUAGGAAAGAGUGGUGCAAGCAUUUUCCUUUAGGAAAACACAAUGCAGACAGAGUCCUCUGCCAUUGAUGAAGCUUACAAGUUCCUAAGAGCUGCUCUUAAUCCCGAUGGCUCACUCACCCGUUCUCAAGUUUUCCCCAGCGUUCCUCCCACACCCCAACUCACAGCUAACUCACCAUCUGAAACCCAACUCGCUCUCACCAAAGACAUUCAUCUUCACAACUCAAACAUAACAUUUCUCCGUCUCUUCCGCCCUGCCAACCACACCGGAAAACUCCCCAUCAUCAUUGACUUUCAUGGGAGUGGCUUUGUUAUCUGUAGCGCUGCUUCAGCUCCCUUCAAUGAGCUGUGGAUCCGCGCUUGUGCUUUUGCACCUGCUCUGAUUAUAAGCGUUGAGUAUCGUCUGGCGCCAGAGCAUAGGCUUCCGGCUGCUUAUGAUGACGCAAUCGAGGCCGUCAUGUGGGUACGAGAUCAAGCGAAGGGAAUUGAUGGUUGUGAUCCGUGGAUGAAAGAGGUGGCGGAUUAUUCUAAGGUUUAUAUGAUGGGUAUGAGUGCUGGUGGUAACAUUGCUUACCAUGCAGGUUUACGUGCUCUGGACGCGGAUAUAAGUCCGGUCCAGAUAAAAGGGCUGAUACUGAAUCAACCCUUUUUUGGCGGGGUUCAACGAACUCCGUCUGAAGAAAGGUUAAGCCAUAAUCCGGCUUUUCCUUUGAAUGCUAGUGAUCUGAUGUGGUCGCUGGCAUUACCAGUUGGAUGCAACCGCGACCAUGAGUAUUGUAAUCCAUUGGUUGGUUGUAGUCCGAAGAUUGGCCGCUUGCCGAGGUGUUUGAUAAGGGGGUUUGAAGGGGAUCUACUGGUGGAUAGAAUAAAGGGCUUGGCGAAGUUGUUAGAGGCCAGUGGUGUGCAGGUGGUGGUCAAGAUUGAAGACGGAGGGUUUCAUGGUGCAGAGUUAAGUGAUGAUCAAAGUAAGGUUCAAGAAUUGUGUUUACAGAUCAAGGAUUUCAUUGACUCUUCUUGAUCAAUACAAGUUUAUUAUGUCAUGUUAUUGUAAUUCUGUUUACAGUAAGUCUGCAAGUCACUUUCUAAAGUUCUAGUUGUGUAGUUGUGAAGUUUAGUUUUUGUUUUUUCUAAAAAGUUUUUGUUUCAA